UUCGUACUGUCAGCCUAUCAUUGCCCGGGACCUUUCAAAACAAAGAUGGCGUACUUACAUUGAAUAUCUGAAAUUCUGAACAUAUUUUUGCCUCUUUGUUGUAAUUUCAGAAACUUCAGAAUGAAGGUGGUCAAUUUGAAGCAAGCCAUCCUUCAGGCUUGGAAGGAGCGCUGGAGUGACUACCAAUGGGCUAUUAACAUCAAGAAGAAUUUGGGAACGAAGGGAGCAACGUGGGAUUAUCUGAAUCUAGCAGAAGCACUUAUGGAGCAAGCACUGAUAGGACCAUCUCCCAACCCUCUUAUAUUGUCCUACCUCAAAUAUGCAAUAAAUUCACAGAUGGUGUCUUAUUCUAGUGUCCUCACAGCCAUCAGCAAGUUCGAUGAUUUCUCCCGAGAUCUGUGUGUCAAGUCCUUGUUGGAGAUCAUGGAUAUGUUCAGCAACCAUCUAAGCUGCCAUGGGAAGGCGGAGGAGUGCAUUGGCCUGUGCCGGGCGCUGCUGAACGUGGUGAUGUGGCUGGUGCUGGGCUGCGCCUGGUACUGCGACCGGCUCCGGGAGCUGGGCAGCUCGGCCAGCACGGAGGCCAGCCUCAAGGCCUGCCAGGAGAGGCUCCACAGCCUGGUGAGCAGCAUCAAGAACAGGGCCCUGAUCCACAUCGCCCGGCUGGAGGACCAAGGAUCCUGGAGCAACGUGGAGCAAGCCAUCGUCAAACUGACAGAAGGCAUCGGCAGCGUGACCAAUCAGACCCUGAAGAGUAAACUGGAGGAGAGCGUCUCGCUGGUGAAGGGGAUCCCCCACAUGCUGACGGCGCAGAGCCCGCCCCCGGCCCAGCCCUCCUUCCCCUCGGUCCACGCCUUCAUCAUGCUGGAGGGGACCAUGAACCUGACGGGGGAGACCCAGCCGCUGGUGGAGCAGCUCAUGAUGAUCAAGAGGAUGCAGCGUAUCCCCACGCCCCUCUUUGUGCUGGAGAUCUGGAAGGCCUGCUUCACUGGCCUCAUCGAGUCGCCCGAGGGCACGGAGGAGCUGAAGUGGACCGCCUUCAUGUUCCUCAAGAUCCCUCAAGUGCUUCUCAAGCUAAAGAGCCCUCAGAGUGAUAAAGGACAGGAGUUCAUGGACGACGUCAACGUGGCGUUUGAAUACCUGCUGAAGCUCACGCCGCUGUUGGACAAGGCAGACCAGAGAUGCAACUGCGACUGUCUGAACAUGCUGUUACAGGAGUGCAACAAGCUGGGUCUGCUCUCUGAUUCCCACGCAGCCAACCUCAGCUCCAAGCGGGAGUACGCCCCGCGGCUGAAGACCACAGAGAACGCCAACAUCCAGCCCAACCCGGGGCUGAUCCUGCGGGCCGAGCCCACUGUCACCAACAUCCUCAAGACCGUUGACGCAGACCACUCCAAGUCUCCGGAGGGGCUUCUGGGGGUCCUGGCCCACAUGCUGUCGGGGAAGAGCCUGGAUCUGCUGCUGGCCGCCGCCGCCGCCACCGGAAAGCUCAAGUCCUUCGCCCGCAAGUUCAUCAAACUCAACGAGUUUCCCAAGCACAUCAGCGGAGAGGGCUCCAAGUCGGCGUCGGUCCGAGCCCUGCUCUUUGACAUCUCCUUCCUCAUGCUGUGCCAUGUGGUCCAGACCUACGGCUCUGAGGUGAUCCUGUCUGAGCCCAGCCCCUCAGGGGAGACCCCCUUCUUCGAGACCUGGCUGCUGACCUGCAUGCCGGAGGAGGGCAAGAUCCUGAACCCGGACCACCCCUGCUUCCGGCCCGAGUCGGGCAAGGUGGAGAGCCUGGUGGCGCUGCUCAACAACUCCUCGGAGAUGAAGCUGGUUCAGAUGAAAUGGCACGAGAUUUGCCUCAGCACGCCGGCGGCCAUCUUGGAGGUGCUGAACGCCUGGGAGAACGGCGCUCUGACUGUCGAGGCUGUGCAGAGGAUCACAGACAACAUCAAGGGGAAGGUGUGCAGCAUGGCCAUCUGCGCCGUGGCCUGGCUGGUGGCCCACGUGCGCAUGCUGGGCCGCGACGAGCGCGAGAAGCCCCAGACCAUGAUCCGUCAGCUGGUGCUGCCCCUGUUCGGCGAGAACACCCUGCAGUUCUACAACGAACGGGUGGUGAUCAUGAGCUCCAUCCUGGAGCACAUGUGCGCCGACGUCUUCCAGCAGACGGGCCUGCUUCUGCGCUCCACCCUGGAGGGCCAGGAGCCCAUCCCCUACCGCAACCUGCUGCCCGCCAAGGAGCCCAUCCACGAGGCCCUCCGCCGGCAGUUCCAGGCGGUGCUGCGCAAGGGCUGGGUGGACAGCCGCGCCCUACAUCUCUUCGAGAGCCUGCUGCACAUCGGAGGGGUCUUCUGGUUCACCAACAACCUGGUCAAGGAACUGCUGAAGGAGACGAGGAAGGAGUGGGCCCAUCGCGUGGUGGAGCUGCUCUACAGCAUCUUCUGCCUGGACACACAGCAGAUCACCCUGACCCUCCUGGGGACCAUACUGCCCAACCUGCUCACAGACCCUGCCCACUGGCACAGCCUGGCAGACCCCCCGGGCAAGGCCCUGGCCAAGCUUUCGGUGUGGUGCGCACUCAGCUCCUUCUCCACCCACCACAAGGGUCAGGCCUCCGCCCGCCAGCGCAAGAGGCAGCGGGAGGACAUCGAGGACUACAGCAGCCUGUUCCCCCUGGAUGACACCCAGCCCUCAAAGCUCAUGCGCCUGCUCAGCUCCAACGAGGACGAGCCCGUCACCCUCUCCAGCCCAGGAGACCGGUCCAUGAGCAGCUCCCUCUCAGCCUCCCAGCUGCACACGGUCAACAUGAAGGAGCCCCUCAACCGUGUGCUGGCUAACCUCUUCCUGUUAAUCUCGUCCAUACUGGGCUCCAAGAUGGCCGGGCCCCACACCCAGUUUGUGCACAGCUUCAUGGAGGAGUGUGUGGAAUGUCUUGAGCAAGGCCACCGGGGAAGCAUCCUUCAGUUCCUUCCUUUCACCAUGGUGUCUGAGCUGGUGAAGCUGCCUGCCAUGGCCAAGCCCAAGGUGGUGCUGGCCAUCACAGACCUCACCCUGCCGCUGGGGAGGAGGGUGGCGGCCAAAGCCAUAUCGGCCUUGUAGCUGGUCAGCUACAAGGGGCUCCCUGGGUUAGCUCAGCACCGCGUAGGGGUUACUAAAUGGAAGGAGCGAGCGAAGGGGUGUAAGGUGUGACGGUGCAUGCCGUCGUUGUUGCCCUUUUGCGGGUCAUGAGACAUCUUUUUAUAGGGGAUUCAUGUUUUUGCUUGUUUGUUACCUCUUGUAAUCUUUUUUUGUAAUAAAUAAAUGAAUUGUAAGGA